CAGAGAGAGAGGGUAGAACCACAAACGCCCUCCUCAUCUUCGACCCAAGUUUUUCGGCCAAAGAGUGGUCUUCGAAGCAUCGAACUUAUCCCUAACAUCAUAGAAACAGAGAAACCAUUAUGAAAGAAGAAAAAGACUACAGGAAAAAACUCAAAAGAAAAAGGAAAGAAACGAAGCCUCUCAAUCAAUAAAAUCAACCCAUUAAUUAAUCACCAUGAGUUCAAACGCAAUGAAGCAGGAGACGCAGGCAGAGAAAUCCCAUGGUCAGGAGGAAACAAAGACAACCUCGGUGGAUUACCGGUCGUCGGCAGGGCAAGGACAAGAGCUGAGGAAAGUGGAGGUGAUCCAUCACAAUCCUCCUCCUCCUCAACCAAAGUCCAACACAAGCGGCGGCGUUUUGGCCUCUGCCGCAGCUUCUGUCGCAAGCACGCUCCAGUCUGCUAAGGAAGCUAUCGCCGGAACCACAACAACAACAUCAUCAUCAUCUUCUGAGCAAUCCACAUAAAAAAAUUUUGUAUUUUUAAUUUGGUUUGAAUUGAGAUUCUAUAUAAUUAACUUAGUACCGCUCACCACCUUCAUUAUUUUUUUUUUAAAUAUCUGACACAAAUAAACAUUGGUUUGAAGCUGAA